UAGAGAGAUCGCAGUUUCCUUGUUCCUUGUUUUAUUCCGUGUUAAAAAUAAUGUGGCAAUGGAGUCGAUUAAAUUAGCAGUCAUUUAUCUAAUGUUCUUCUCAGUCAGGGAAACUUUUCAAAACACAACAACAGGAUGUUACGAUGGGUACUACAGAAAUGAGACAAGCGGGUCAUGCAGUGAAUGCCCCCCAGGAUACACAGGACCAAAUUGUUCCGUACCCUGUGUAGAUGGAUGGUACGGAAAGAAUUGUCAAUAUAAGUGUCCUUCUAUCUGCUCAAACUGUAACGUUAUCGAUGGAAGUUGUCCCAAAGAAUGCCCCCCAGGAUACACAGGCCCAAAUUGUUCAGUCCCCUGUGUAGAUGGGUUUUACGGAAAAUAUUGUCAAGACAUGACCAACACAACAGAUGCAGGCGACGUUAAUGGAAGCAAUCAUAUAAUCCAAAGACGGAACAGAUCAGCAUUUUACAUUGUGACUACGUUCGGCAGUGCGACAGCGAUGGUUUUAUUACUUGUACUGAUGUUCUACACUUAUAAGUUGGCUACACAACCUCUGCCACAGAACUUCACUUUUACGGUACAUGAUCCUGAUAGUGACGCUGAGCGAAAUCCCGUAAAUCCCGCUAGCUGUUCGAUUUACGAAAAUGUUUAGUGACGCUAUCGAAAUACUAUUAGAUUUUCGAAUGGUAUAUAUUUUGAUAAAAAAUUAGCCACGUCUUUUAUCAAACCGUGUACUAUAAGUUUAGUUAUAAUCGGACUCAAAUGAAAAUAUAUAUGGUAUAAGUAAAGAAGUAAAAUUAAUACAAGCCAUAGUUGGUUUAGGAUCCCCGGAAUAGAAUCAGUUGGAAUACAAAUGUUUUAUAAUAGGACGGCCAGGGAAUGUGAUUUUACUGAAGUUGCUUUAAUAAAGUAUAGAUUGUCGAAAUGUCGUCACGUGAUGUAGCUCCCUGUUGAAUGAUCAAUGUAGAUAAAUAUGUGCAUUUU